CCUUUCAUGGCUUCCACGUCGGCAGACUACGUAGCUUAUCGAUAAUGUUUUGCCCUUAAUUGAGUUGAUUGUUCAAAGAAAUGAAAUUACUGAGGCGGCGGAAAACAAUUCUGGUUAUUUUAGUGUUUAUAUGGCUCGGGGGUAUGAUUUAUUUUCUGGCACCGUUGACAGGAUCAAGGGAUGACACUCGAUCUAACGGAGAUCAGGAAGACACUCACAUAAACUUUCAACAGAAUACAGACAAUCGAGACACUUAUUAUGACAAGAAUGAAUUUGUAGGGUUAAGAGGAAAACCAGUUGAAACAGACUCUCGAAGAAUAGAAGGUUUCGACGUGGAAAGUUAUUUAAGCGUCACUAGGGUGAGGCAAGGUGAAGAUGCCUAUGCCAGUAAUGCAUAUAAUCAAGAAGCUAGCGACAAAGCUCCCUUUAACAGAGAUGUUCCUGAUGUGAGAGCCUCUCAAUGCCAAGAAAGAUUGUGGAUAAGUGAUGAUUUACCAACAACAAGUAUUAUUAUUUGUUUCCAUAAUGAAGGCAGAGCUGCCUUAUUACGGACAGUCAUAAGUUCUCUCAAUAGAAGUCCUCCUAACUUGUUAAAAGAAAUCAUUCUUGUAGAUGACUUUAGUGAUAAUGCUGAGGAUGGAAAGCUUUUAGAGAAACUACCUAAAGUAAGAGUACUCAGAAAUAACCAAAGAGAAGGACUUAUGAGGUCACGUGUGAGAGGGGCAGAUGAAGCUAAGGGUGAAGUGCUGACUUUCUUGGACAGCCAUUGUGAAUGCAAUAAGAACUGGCUGGAACCACUUCUGGAGAGGAUUAAAGAGAAUCGCAACAUGAUUGUGAGUCCAAUCAUUGAUGUGAUAAACAUGGACACAUUUGAGUACCUAGGGUCCUCAUCAGAUCUGAGAGGAGGAUUUGGCUGGAACUUGAACUUCAAGUGGGAUUUUCUUCCACCUAAUGUGCUUGCUGAGAGAUCUGGUCAACCAAUGGCUCCAAUUAAAACUCCUGUUAUAGCUGGUGGGCUAUUUUCAAUUGACAAGAAAUGGUUUGAAAGGAUCGGUAAAUAUGACAUGGACAUGGACAUUUGGGGAGGAGAGAAUUUAGUACAAGAAGAGCUGUGGAAGUUUGGAUGGAUGAUUAUAAAAAGUUUUACUAUGCAGCAGUCCCCUAUGCUAAGAACACACCUUUUGGAGACAUUCAAAGCCGACUUGCACUGCGUAAAAAAUUGAAAUGUAAGCCUUUCAAGUGGUAUGUCCAGAAUGUGUAUCCUGAACUCAGAGUUCCUGAGGAUGAUGACACCACAGCAUUUGGGGAGGUCAAACAAGGCAAAGACUGCAUGGACACCCUAGGGCAUACUAGUGGGGGUACUGUGGGGCUGUUUGAAUGUCACGGAGCUGGAGGAAAUCAGUUGUGGAAUUUUGUCAAGAACAAGAUGUUGAAACAUGACUCGUUUUGUCUGGAAACUGCCAAUGAAAAAGAAGGGACCCCAGCACUUUUACGUGAAUGCGAUGAGCAGAAUUCCAAUCAGCACUGGGAGUAUGACAAGGGCUCUAACAGGAUUAGACAUGUUGGCUCAGGGAAAUGCCUGGAUAGCAAAGAUCAGAAGGAGAAAGGACUUGUUUUAAACUCAUGUAGUGACUCAUUUACUCAAAGCUGGGCAUUUGAGGUGAAUCUUUAGCAAAGGUUCCAUUACCUAGGGUAUGAAUUUUAAAAUUAAUUUAUAAGAAGUUGACUUGCACAAUUAUUGAAUUUUCAAUUCUAACUAGCAAUUGACUCAUGUUCUGGCCGUUUAAAUCAACUGUAGGGUAGAAAAUAUUUUUGUAUGUUGUCUUAAGCUGAUUUUAUAUAGAAAUGUUUUGUUUUUCCUAUCAAUGAUGGUUGUAAAUUUUUAACUAUUAGUAGUAAAAUGUUAGAACUCAUAUUCUGGUAACAUUCUCUACUGUCUUGCGCACUUUAACAUGUCAUUAGCCAAUCCUUCA